GGCAACAAAAAGAAGCAGAAGAAGAGGGAACGGUCUUGUUUUUGUCAGCUGCCACACGCAGCACUCCUGAUGCGAAAAUGCGCAUCGAAAAGUGUUAUUUUUGCUCGGGACCAGUGUACCCCGGACAUGGGGUGAUGUUUGUACGGAACGACUGUAAGACAUUCAGAUUCUGCAAAUCAAAAUGCCACAAGAACUUCAAGAAGAAGCGCAACCCAAGAAAGACAAGAUGGACCAAAGCAUUCAGAAAGGCAUCAGGAAAGGAGCUGACAGUGGAUAACUCUUUGGAGUUUGAGAAACGCAGAAAUAUUCCUGUUAAAUAUAACAGGGAGCUUUGGGAUAAGACAGUGGAAGCAAUGAAGAAAGUGAGCGAAAUAAAACAUAAACGACAGGCAAGAUUUAUCAUGAACAGAUUAAAGAAGGGCAAAGAGCUGGAGAAAGAAGAGGCCAUCAACGAAGUCAAGAAAAACAUUCACCUCAUCAAAGCACCACAUGCAGGAAAAGCCAAACAGUUGGAAGACAAAAUGGUGCAGAAGUUGCAAGAAGAUGUGGACAUGCGGGAGGAGGAUGAUUAAUCUUCUGUUGGUUUUUUUUUCAUUUUUUUUUUUUUCAUUAAACUUUAUUGUACAUUUGUUUGGAAAUUUAAGUUUCCAAAUAGCAGUUGUUGUGCCGAGUAAAGCAUUUGGCUUUAAAUUGCUGUGAAGGGUUUGAACGUAUUGACUUAAUAAAGGCCCAACUUCAAAGCAGCAGCCAUUAACUGCACUUUUCCCAGUUGUUCUGUUUUGUUUUUCACUGUGUGGUAUUUGGAGCAGUGAAGAAAUGGAUUUAACCCUGUUGCAAAGUCUAAUGUAUUACAGUUGUUCUGAAAAUUUUAAGAUUGCCGAUAUAUUAAAAAGCAUCUUUUCUGGAA